GCCAGGUUCCGGUCAGGCCGGAAGCACGUGGCCCCCCACCCCGGGCGGUUGCCGGGCGACGGGGCUGUUUACCAGCUGGACGCAGGCAGCCGGGCGCAGGCGGAUGGAGUGCAGAGGGGCCCUGAGAAGCAAUGGCCACAGAAGGCCCUGUGACCAUAGCACCACCAGAACGCAUCCCUCUUAACACAGCAGCUGAGAGCUCAUCUGCUUUCAUCUGGAAGCCAAACUCACUGAAAAUGCAUGUCAUCAGGCCCAAGUCUGCCAAAGGCCGCAAGCGGCCCAGUCUGCACAAACCCCAGGGCACACAGUCAGGCUCUCACUGCGGACCUUCCUCUCCACCACCAGCCAGUUCCUCGGAGUCACCAAGCAGUCAGAAACCAGGAGCCUGUACACCCACAUCUCCAACGCAGGGAGUCCCAGAUGAGUUCCCCGAGCUACUGCAAGUACCCAUGGGGGCCUCCUCUUCCCUCAACAAGUACCCAGUCCUCCCAUCCAUCAGCAGAAGAGGCCUGAAGGAGGAGGCUUUGGGUACAGUGGGGAGGAAGGCUAGCUCCCUGCAACUAAGCAGCAUUCAGGCUCUUUAUCACGAGGAGGCCUGCACCAUGAAGACAAAGAAAGAAGAUUCUAGAGUUCCAGCUCUUGCCCUAGAGAGGAAGUUUGUCAUCCACACCAAGAGGCAGGGCAGCCCCAGGCCUGGAACCCUGGAGGAACCCUCAGACCAAGAACCCAGGCUGCUGCUUGCUGUCCGAUCGCCAUCAGGCCAGAGGUUCGUGCGUCACUUCCGGCCCACGGAUGACCUCCAGACCGUCCUUACUGUGGCCGAGCAGAAGAAUAGAACCACCUAUCAACACUGCAGCAUCGAGACGAUAGAGGUGCCCAGGAGACGGUUCACAGACCUCACCAAGUCUCUGCAAGAGUGCGGCAUCCCCCACAAGUCAGUGCUGGGCAUCUCUCAGGAAGACGGGGAGGGGAACCCCUGAGCCCACAGGCGCCCACCUGGGGUCCCCGUCUGUGAGCCAAGAGCACACUUGUGUGGCAAGGCCUUCCAUGCAGCCUGGCUCCAAGUGCCGUGUGAGCCUGUGCACCUGUGGCCCUUGGGCCUCAUGUCCACAGUAUGUCCUUGGGGGGUCAGACACAUCUGCACAUGCACCAAG